UCCUCAAGCCCUGGCCACUCAGUGUCCGUGGGGCACUUGGUGUGUGCGCAGCACCGUGUGUGUGUGCGGCACUCCGUGUCUUGGGAGCUCACUGCGUGGGUCACUGCCCGGCUGUGGGUCACUGGUGUGUGUGAGGAGCUCAGUGCGUGGGUCACUCGCACUCCGUGGUGAGGAGGAGGAAGGCCGCUGGCCGCCCACCCUCCCGCGUCCACUCUUGGCACGAGGCUCCUGUCCAGCCAAGGAAUAUCCGUGCUUGCAGCCAUGGCAUCCUCGGCUUCUGGGCAGAGCCUGUCCCAGCUCCUGGACAACGCCCUCCUGACUCCCCAGACCAUCAGGUUUGGCGAUCUGCACAGCAUUCUUCAGGUCGUGCUCCAGCACCUGAGCUUGCAGAAUCUGUGUCUUAGACCAAGGUCCAGUUUAAGCCGGAGCUCAGCAUUCUCCCCAUCCCUUUGGUCCAUGCUGGUGACCUAUGGCCUGGGGACCACCCGCGCUCCUUGGGCAGGAGACAGGCUCUAGCAGCUCCUCCUGGGCAUCACCUGCCACCGCAAAUGCCCUUGGCUCAACGCAGCGCUGGGCUCACCCCCACCACCCCUCUCUGGGGCCAUGGCUCUCUCCCAGGCUCUCCUGGAGGAAAUCAGAGACCUGAAGGUGGCACAAUGCUAAAUGGCACAGCAAACGCAGAAGAUCCCAGGGGCGCAAACGGAAUAGGAGGACGGCAGAGUGUUUCCUACCCCGUGGGGCUACGAGGGACACCGGGAGCAUCCCGCGUUUGGGGCACGCUGCCCCAGCAGCCCCAUGGAGGCUAAGCCUACCCGUGGCCCCAUCUCGCUGGCCAGGUCUGCUGUGCGCGAGAUGAAGGGGGAGCUGAAUGAGCUACAGGAGCAGCAGAAGACCAGCAAGGCCACACUUAAGGAGGUGGUGGCUAAGACAGCAUCCAAGCUGAGCAUCACAAGGCAUUUGUCCCCCUGCCAACCUGCUGGCAGCCCUGCAAAGCUCCAAAAUGCCUUUGCAUUCUGGAGCAGCUACGAGAGAAGUGGGAGAAGAUGGAGAGCCAGCAGGUAGCCAAGGAGCAGGACUUGCAAGAGAUGCAGCAACGGCUCACGGAAGCGGUGGACGCCAAGCUGGAUUGCCAAGAGCUGGGGCCUCUCAAGCAGCAGCUGGCCCGGUUGAAGACCGGUCUGGAAGAGCUGAAGGAGAGGGGGACGCAGCCCGAUACUGCAGCUGGGAUUAAGUAUCCCCAAGGCCAUUGCCAUUGCCUGUCUUGUGACCGGGUCCUCAGCGCGCCGGUGACUGGCCCGCCUGUCGCGGCCCUUCCAUUGUUGCCACCGAUGCCCAGUCGCGUCACCAGCCACGGCCAGAAGGAAACCCAGCAGCACGGCCAAAGGAAAGGGGCAGCUGACUACAAGUUUCCCUGUGUGCCGCGGAGCUCCGGAGGACUCCACACCAUCACCUACCCGCUGAGGCACAAGCCCAAGCCACCCAGCGGCCCACCGCCAAUCCAGUAUGAGGAGACAGCGCUGUUGGGCCGGGAUGGCCGCAUCUACCGGGGCCAACGGAGGAGGCAGCAGCCUGUGCUCGAUGGCAACGAGGGUACGGCCAGGCCAGGCUUGUGCCAGGAGCCCCAGGGUGUGACGGGCUUCUGCGUCAUGGCCCACGCCGUGCUCCUUCAAGAGAAACUGCCGAAGCACACCUCUCCCAGCCACUAG